CGGGUCCUCCUCGUGGCGGUCAUUUUGGCCUCCCGGCUCCCUCCGGCGGCGGCUCGCCUCCGCGCGCUCCUCGGAGCCCCCCGCCCGGGCCGCGAUGGAGGAGGCGCCGGAGGGGCGGUCCCCGCUGCGCGGCGGCGACGCGGCGGGCUGGCGGGUCGUCGCGGUCGCGGGGGACCCGGGCCUGCCGGGCCCGCACCCCCCGCUCCGCCCACAAAGUCCAAUGGCGGCGGCCGCGCUGCGGUUCCCGGCGGAGGACAUGAGCUUUGAGGACGUGACGGUCGCCUUCUCCCAGGAGGAGUGGGGGCUCCUGGACGCGGCCGAGAGACUGCUGUACUGCGACGUGAUGCUGGAGAUCUGCACGCUCGUGGCGGCCGUGGGCUAUUGGCAGAGGCCGGAGGCCGCGGAGGCCCCCGCUGAGCAGGCGGCGCCGGCAGAGGCAGAGGCAGAGCCGCAGGUCGGGGCGCCCGAGGCCGAGCCGGCGGCGGCGAAGACGCACUCCUGCGAGCAGUGCGUCCUGGUCCUGAAAGCCAUCUUCCACCUGACGGAGCUGCAGGCGGGGAACCCGGAGCAGAGGGCCUUCUUCAGCGACGCCUGCGCGCGGGGCUUCUGCUUCCGCGCCAACAUCCACCAGCAGCCGCGGGCGGCCGGCCCCGAGGAGGCCUGGCGGGCGGACGCGGACGGCGCCGCCCUCAUGACCAGCAACAGCUUCUACGUGUCCGGGGCGGGGGCCGAGGGGGGCCUGGCCGCCGCCGCCCCCGGCCUGCUGCAGCACCAGCCGGCGCUGAGCUCCGAGGAGCCCCACAGCGUCAUCGAGAGCUGGCAGGCCGUGCACGGCGGGCCGGGCCCGCGCCAGUGGGGCGAGUGCGAGCAGGCCGCCUUCCACGGCUCGGACCCGGGCCAGCCGCAGAGCGCCUACACGGGGGAGGGGCUGUUCGAGUGCAGCCAGUGCGGCAAGGCCUCCAUCCAGGUCUUCAACCUCAUGCUGCAGCGGAGCGUGCUCCCGGCCGAGAAGCUGCCCUACGAGUGCGGCGUGUGCGGCAAGUGCUUCAGCUGCGAGUUCUUCCUGCUGCGGCACCACAGCGUGCACGCCGACGGCAAGCCCUACGAGUGCAGCGUGUGCCGCAAGUGCUUCAGCUGCAAGUACACCCUGCUCCAGCACCAGAGGAUCCACUCCGAGGAGAAGCCCUACGAGUGCAGCUUCUGCAAGAAGUGCUUCAGCUACAAGUUCAACCUCAUGAGGCACGAGAAGAUCCACACCGGGGAGAACCCGUACGGGUGCAGCGACUGCGGCAAGUCCUUCAGCCACAGCUCCGCCCUCAUCCGGCACAAGAGGGUCCACACCGGGGAGAGGCCCUACGAGUGCAGCGACUGCGGGAAGACCUUCACCAACAGCUCCGCCCUCAUCCAGCACCAGAGGGUCCACACCGGGGAGAAGCCCUAUCAGUGCACCGAAUGCGGCAAGUGCUUCCGGCAGAGCUCCGCCCUCAUCUACCACCAGAAGGUGCACGCCGGGGAGAAGCCGUACGAGUGCGGGGACUGCGGCAAGUGCUUCCGGUACAACUACAUCCUCAUCCAGCACCGGAAGGUUCACACUGGAGACAGGCGGUACGAGUGCGGGGUUUGCGGGAAACGCUUCAUCUACAACUUCAACCUCAUCAAACACCAAAGAAUCCACACCGGCGAGAAGCCGUACGUGUGCAGCGAUUGCGGGAAGGCCUUCAGACGCAGCUCCUCCCUCAUCCAGCACAAGAGUGUCCACAGCGAGGAGAGGCCUUACGAGUGCAAUGAGUGCGGGAAGUCUUUCACCCGGGCAUCGAACCUCCUCAGGCACUGGAGAGUUCACACAGGGGAGCGGCCCUAUGAGUGUAGCGAUUGCGGCAAGUCCUUCAGCCACAGCUCCGCCCUCAUUCAGCACAAAAGGGUGCACACUGGAGAAAGGCCUUACGAGUGCAAUGAGUGCGGGAAAACGUUCACCCGCACGUCCAACCUCCUCAGGCACUGGAGAGUUCACACUGGAGAGAGGCCCUAUGAGUGUGCUUACUGCGACAAGUCCUUCAGCCACAGCUCCGCCCUCAUUCAGCACAAAAGGGUGCACACUGGAGAAAGGCCUUACGAGUGUAACGAGUGCGGGAAGUCUUUCACCCGCACGUCCAACCUCCUCAGGCACCGGAGACUGCACACUGGGGAAAAGCAUUGACGGCCCAGGGGAGGCUGUGUUUCCGCUCAGGCUGACGGCACCGGGGGAGACCCUUAGAGGCCAGUUCAGCUGGGUUAAAGCCUGUUUCAGCGGGACACGCAGUGCGCUAGGUCCUCGUGCGCUAGGUCCGAGUGAGGCUUCGAGGAGGUCCAUUGCACUUUCCCUCCUGCCCAGGGCUGUCCUAGGUGGAUGUCACUGCUGAGGCCUCCUCCACCGGGCUCACCUGCACAGGUGUGCCGGCCACGCCCCUGCGUGCUCUCCUGCGGGAGGAAAUGAGGAAUCCGCAGGCCUCCGGGGCCCCCUCCUUCCUUUCUCUCCCCCCAGGGGCGGACAGAGGACCCGGCCUCGGCUGAGAGGAGCUCCUUCCCUGCGGACGGUGCUCCCGCACGGACGCUGUGACGAUUCUCCCUCGCCAGCCUGGCCCUUCGCUGUGAGCGUCCCCGGGUCCUGGUAUGUUCGGGCAGGUCUCGGCACCUUUCACCUCGGUGGUUGUACAGUCGCUGUGUGAGAUGAUGUGGAAUGAGAACUGUGGUCGGCCAGCGCAUGGAGGGGCACGUGUUUGUGGGGAUCCCUGACUGUCUUGUGUGUCUGGGGGGACGGGGAUAGUGGGAAGUCGCUCUGUGUCCCAUGUUGGCCCAUGGCCUGCAUGACUCUGGUCCCGAUGUAAAAUCUGGCGCCACGAUGGGGGGGGGGGGUCAGAGGUCACUCUGAAGAGGGGGUAUUUUCUUGUGCUUCUGUGGACAAUAUGAAUUUUAUUCCUUUUACUGUGUACACUACGCACUUCCGCCUGUGCUGAGGUCGGCAAGGGAGCCCCGGGCAGUGGAGGGGGAGCUGCCCGAGGGGGAGUGACUUGUCUCAGGGGGAGGUGGGCCCACAGUGGGGACAGGAGCGCUGUGUUCACCGUGAGGGGGAGACGAGCAGGUUAGGACGAGGGUGUCUCUCCCGGGAGCUCAGCCGCAGACGUCCCAGGGCCCUGGCUUCCGUGGUCUGUGGCCGUACACCCUGUGACCUCUGUCACUGCUUCCACCAGCUGUGUGGACCCCUCGCCUCUCUGGGUGUGCACCUCCCGGCCAUUGCCAGCACGUCUGCGGCCCCGCUGGCACUCCUGUGGCUCGGGGGGCGGGGGUAGAGGGGGGACAGAGUAUUCGCCGCCCUCCGGCAGGGCUGCGCCUCCUGGGACCAGAGGGGGGGGGUAGGGUCCACAUGGGUUUGCCAGCCGGACCCCCUUAGGAAAGAGGGCUGUUCGGCCUCCUCGGAGCCGUGUUAAAGCUUUAUUCAUGUACUAUAUAUGCAUUCUCCACACGCAACCAAGUGCACUUACCUGACGUGUACUGUCUGGUGAGCUUUGACGGACGGAUAAAGCUAUGAAACCAUCACAGCAAACGGACUGGCCUGGCACUCACACGCAGGGUGGGGCAAGUGUAGGUGUCAAGUAGCGAGCACGUGAGACAUAGCGUCUAUUCUGUAUUAUUUAUUGAUUCCCAUGAUGAUUCCCAUGCUGCCCAUCUACUCCGGCUCCACCCUGAGUUCCCACCUGCCCUUCCGUAACCUCCCCGCCUGUCACAGCCAUCGACCCGCCUUUAUCCACCAUAGAUAGGUUAGCUCGUAUCCCUGUGAUGUCAUAGGUGUAUGCCCUCGAGAAGAUAACGGAUUCCCCCAGCAGCCAAUGGUGUCCGAUUCCGGCAGCGAUGCUGAUGCGAAUGCUGAUUCCCUUCGCUGCUUCGGCGCAGUCUGUCCUGUAAAUAACCCCCGGUUUAUCCAUUUGUCUGCCCACGGUUAGGUUACUUCCGGGUUUGCGGUAUUACGAAUAAAGCUGCUACGAAUGUGUGC